AUGAAACUUAAUACUGUUCGUUUAACAUGGUGCUUCGAUCUUAUGAGCAGUGACAUUCCACAACAUCGAUCUGAAAGUUCAGUAUCCUCGAAAUGUCCAUCUGUCAUGAAUUUCGAAAAAUGCAUUCCAACGUUUGUUGGGCCAACGAAUUUACCCACACCUGCUGGAACCUAUUUCUUGGCAGUAGGUGAUUUGAAUAAUGAUGGGGAUCUUGACAUUGUUGCCGCAAAUAAUAAAUCAGCAAGCAUCACCGUUUUUAAUAAUAAUGGUCGUGGCAGUUUUGGUGGUCAAAGGACCUAUUCAACUGGUGGCUCUGGUUCAGAGGUAAACAGUGUAAUACUUGCUGAUCUUGAUUGCAACGGUUAUCUCGAUAUUAUGGCACCCGAUUUUGGUCUAAAUUACAUUAGUAUUUUCCUGAAUCAACGUGAUGGUACAUUUGCUUCUCACGUAAUUUUACCAACUGGUGCUGGCUCAGCACCAAUCUCUAUAGCAACCGCUUAUCUCAAUCGUGAUCGUUAUCUCGAUAUUGUUGUAGCGAAUAAUAGAGGCAAUAAUGUUGGUAUUUUCUUGACUACAGGUCGUAAUUCAUAUGCUCCUAUGAUAACCUAUUCCACUGGCUCUAACUCAUCACCAAGAUCAGUAGUAGUAGGUGAUCUCAAUGGUGACCAUAAAGAUGACAUUAUUGUUGCAAACCGUGAUGGAAACAACAUAGGUGUUUUCUUUAACCGAGGUGGGGGCAUAUUCGGUUCUCAGAUAGUUUACCCUAUUGGUAGCGGAUCGCUACCAAGAGCUGUGUUAGUAGCCGACUUGAAUGAUGACCGCAAACUUGAUGUUGUUUGUGUCAACAGUGGUACAAACAGCAUCACUAUUUUUCUCAAUUCAGGUGAUGGUACACUCAUCUUUCACAAGACUCUUCUAACUGGUUCGUUACCAAGAGGUGCGGCAAUCGGAUAUAUCAAUAAUGAUCGAAAACCUGACAUUGUCUAUGUAAACUCCAAUGACGACAACUUUGGUCUUUAUCGCAACAGUGGCUAUGGUCAAUUUGUUCCUCAAGGACCUUAUUCGAUUGGUGCUGACUCUGAACCAUUUGGAGUGGCUACAGGCGAUUUUAAUGGCGAUGGACUGGACGAUGUGGCUACGGCAAGCUUCGGUAUAAGCAGUGUUAGCAUAUUUAUCACUACCUGCCAUUAAUCCAUAAACUCAAUAUUAUUUUAUCAGCAGUAUCUAACAAGAUGCAACUAUAACAGUGACAUUGAUCUAUCAUUUUUUUUCCUAUUUUGAUACAAUUAAGUGGCAUGAAAUAAUCUAAACUUCGUCAUACUCUUUUCCUUCUUGACUACCCUAGCAAGUGAAAUAGUUAUUAUUAUGAAGAAGCAUUUACUAAUAAAUUCAUAAUUAAAAAUUAAAUUGUCACAAACACGCUGAAAAGCAUCUCAAUCAUUGAUAUAUUUUAUAGAACUCACGUUUAAUCUUUUCUUACUGUUUCAAGAGAAUAAGUAUUGAUAAUGAACAAGUCAUGAUAGUCAGUUUCGAUUUCAUUUAAGAAUUUCAUCAUAUGAUAUCUUACUUCAUACUGAAGAAAUUUCACAUUGAAGUAGAACAAACAAAUCAUUCAAUUAAUGAAAUCUGUAAUCGACUUGAAUCUACUACAAUAAAUAUUAGCUCUGGUCGACAAGCUUAAGUUUAUUUUUAUUUCGAUAUAUCUUAAAAUGCCCUUAACAACACAUGUAUACAUAAAACAAUCUACUAGAUACAGUCCCACAAUCACGCUCGAUACAUUCAUACGAUGAGUCUCUCCUAGACUUGACUCUGCUCACAUUAUGAACACAAACAUAGCACUUUCUUUUUGGAUUUGCUCAAGCAAAUGUCGAUGGAUAUAUUGAUAAUUCGAAAUGUUCAAGAUAUACAAAAUUAUUCCAUAUUGAUUUACAAC